GUCAAAAAAUUUCAACACACCAGCAGUGUGAGGAGACCUGAAAGUGGCACAUGGCAGAAGUGUGUGGCGAUGGAGACAGCAGCAAUGGGAGGCCGUACAGGGACCCAUGAGAGACUCUGGACCUGGCAGCAGCAUGAGGAGGCGGUAUAUAGGGGCCCAUGGCAGAUUAGGGGCCUGGCAGCAGCUAUGGGAGGCCCGUAAUCUGCCAGCACCCUAUGUCAAAAAAUUGAACACACCAGCAGUGUGAGGAGACCUGAAAGUGGCACAUGGCAGAGUGUGGCGAUGGAGACAGCAGCAAUGUGGAGGCCGUACAGGGACCCAUGAGAAAGGACUUGGCAGCAGCAUGA